UGACAAGGCGUUGCCUGGGGGAGGAGGAGGAGGAGGAGGGCGGUGAGCGGUCGGUCUCCUGUUAGUGGGAGCAGCGUCUCGAUGCAAAUCCACGACAGAGUGUUUAAGCAGGAGAUGGCGAGGCGAUGAGGGGCGCGUGAUCCCACCUCUCCCUGACGGAUUCCCAGUGCCUCUGGGAUGGCAGCAGUCUGGCAGCAGGUUCUCGCCGUAGAUGCCAGGUACAACGCCUACCGCACCUCCAACUUCCCGCAGUUCCGCACCCAGUACAUUCGGCGGCGCAGUCAGCUGUUGCGGGAGAAUGCCAAGGGUGGCUACAACCCCCUGCUGCGCCACCAGUACCUGAGACUUCGCAGCCUCCUCCUCGCCCAGCGCUACGGAGCUCUGUCCGAGCAGAGCAGCUUCCGCGCCCACAGCAACAGCGUCCGCAGCAGCCGCACCACUCUCGACCGCAUGGAGGACUUCGAGGACGAGCUGCGAGCACAGGGCUCCAGGGGUCACAGGCGCUCUGUCAGCCGGGGCUCCUACCAGCUGCAGGCCCAGAUGAACCGCGUGGUGUACGAGGAGAAGCCCCCAGGCAGUCUGGUCCCCACGUGUGCGGCGGAGGCGAGCCGUGCCAUGGCCGGCGACACCACCCUGAGUGAGAACUACGCCUUCGCUGGCAUGUACCACAUCUUCGAUCAGCACGUUGACAAGGCCGUGCCCAAGGUGCAGUUUGCUAACGAUGACAGAAACCGGCUGGCCUGCUGUUCCCUGGAUGGCACAGUCUCCAUUUUCCAGCUGGUGCCAAGCCCGCCAUCAGUGCUGCUGUCCCUGCGUGGGCACUCGCGCGGCAUCACCGACUUCGCCUGGUCCCUCUCCAACGACAUCAUCGUCAGCACCUCUCUCGACGCCACAGUCCGUAUCUGGGCUACCGAGGACGGCAAGUGCAUCCGCGAGAUUCCCGACCCCGAGGGCGCAGAGCUCCUGUGUUGCACCUUCCAGCCCAUGAACAACAACCUGACUGUGGUGGGUAACAGCAAGCAGAACGUCCACGUGAUGAACAUCUCGACGGGGAAGAAGGUGAAGGGGGGUUCCAGCAAGCUGACAGGGAGGGUACUCUCGCUGUCCUUUGACGCUCCAGGACGCAUCCUGUGGGCUGGCGAUGAUCGUGGUAGCAUCUUCUCUUUCCUCUUCGACAUGGCCACGGGUAAGCUGACCAAGGCCAAGCGCCUGGUGGUGAAUGAGGGCAGCCCCAUCACCAGCAUCUCAGCCCGGUCCUGGAUCAGCCGUGAGGCCCGCGACCCCUCCCUGCUCGUCAACGCCUGCAUCAACAAACUGCUGCUCUACAGGGUGGUGGACAAUGAAGGAACGCUGCAGCUGAAACGUACCUUCGAGAUCCAGCACAGCGCCAACCCUGUCCGCAGCAUCUUCUGCCCCCUCAUGUCCUUCAGACAGGGCGCCUGUGUUGUCACAGGCAGUGAGGAUAUGUGCGUCUACUUCUUCGACGUGGAGCGUGCUACCCGCGCCAUCGUCAACAAACUGCAGGGCCACAGCGGGGCUGUGCUGGACGUCAGCUUCAACUGCGACGAGAGCCUGCUGGCCUCCAGCGACGCUCGGGGCAUGGUCAUCAUCUGGCGCCGGGAGCAGAAGUAACGACAGCCCCUCCCGCACCAAGACAAGUGCUGACCCACUGGCUGCUCUGUGGGGGGUUUACAGUGGUCGAGGAUCUCCCCCUUUCCCUCUCCCUCCCUCCGAAUUGAGGGACUUGGGAGGGCAAAAGUUGUGGGCUCUCCUCUCGACGUCCCUACGACCGGUAACCUGCGGGGAAUCUGCGUCCUCCCCCUAGAGAGAGAGGAGAUGGGGGCACAGCAUGAUCCCAGAGACCACACACCACCCCCCCCCCCCCAGCAACCUGGCUGUUCAGGGUGACUGGGCAAGCAUGGUGGUGGGGGGGGGGGCUGUGGGGGAAGGACAGCCAGAUCCUUCCACCUCCCCUUAACUCCUUCCCCUCACCCUGUGCAGAGACAAGGAACCUUCCCUCUCCUUCUCUGUGCAGAAAUAGGUUUACUGAGCUGACCAGCUGCCUGGGGUAGGAGAGGGUUAACAAAAGGGCACAGGCCUAUUGACCUCCCCUCCCACCAGGGUCUCAACCUGGUGCUCUCCAAUUCUUGUAAAUCGUAGCAGAGAUGCCCACCCCUUCCCAGGGAGCCGGAUCUGUGGAGAUAAGGUGAAGUGUGCCCACAGAUACAGUUUGACUCUGCUAAUUUAACACAAGCUUCCACGAACAUGGACAGCAGACCAGCCCCACCCUCUUAGAAGCAACACUAGGACAACUGAACGCGAAGGGUGGUGAUGGGGGCAGAUUAUCGGGAUUUCUGUCUACGAGACUGCCCGUGUGUUUGUAGAAAUAGAUGUGGAGAUGUUCACCACUGUGUAUUUUAAUAAACA